AUGUUUGCCCAAGCCAACCUCAUCUUGGCACUCGCUGCCAGUGCCACCGCGCACAUGAUCAUGGACUACCCUGUUCCAUACGGAAAGGCUACUCUGAACAGCUCUCCCCUCGCUCCAGGCGACUACCCAUGCAAGCAACGCUCUGGCAUGUACGAAGUCACGGAGAUGAACCAGUGGGACGCCGGCGAGACCAAGACCAUCUCCUUCACAGGCUCUGCUGUUCACGGAGGUGGAUCAUGCCAAUUCUCCAUCACUACCGACCCCGAGCCAUCCGAGAGCUCUCAGUGGAAGGUCAUCCAGAGCGUCGUCGGUGGCUGCCCAUCGAACGUCACUGGCAACAUUGAGCCGGCUGACCCCAACGGUCACGGAGCCGCUACCUUCCCUGUGAAGAUGCCCGAGAGCAUCCCCGACGGUCAAUACACCUUCGCCUGGACUUGGAUCAACAAGAUUGGUAACCGGGAAUUCUACAUGAACUGUGCUCCUGUCAAAGUCGGCAGCGGAUCCGGUAGUGCGUCGACGAAGAGUGACGCGUCUGCGCUCUCUGCCCUUCCGGACAUGUUCGUCGCCAACCUGCCCGAUACAUCUUGCAGCACCGCCGAGGGCGAGGACUUUAAUUACCCCAACCCUGGUGAGAACAUCAUCGAGGGCAACGGCUCCUCUCUUGGAAACACUCUUACCGGUGCCGGAUGCGAUCAGAUGACCAAGAUGGGCGCUGGAAACGGACAGAUGGGAACACCUUCCCAGCCUGAGGCCUCCCAACCCGCAUCGAGCGAGGCGCCUGCCGCGACUUCCGGUUACGCCGCACUCCCAUCCAACGGCGGUGGUGUUUUCGCCCCUGGUGCUUCUUCUGCUCCCGCUGCUGAGCCCACUCCUGCUGAGCCCACUGCCCCUGUCGCUACACCUACCCCCACCUAUGUUGCUGAGCAGCCUAGCAGCGCUCCCGAGCAGCCAGCCUACAGCUCGCCUCCUCAGGUCCCCGACAACAGCACUCCCAGCGCACCCUCCAGCGGCAGUGACUGCACUCCCUGUGACAACGAUGGCGCCGUUGUAUGCAUCGGUUCCAACAUGUUCGGUCUCUGCAACCGCGGAUGCGCUGUUGCUCAGCCUCUCGCCAACGGCAUGUCCUGCUCUGGUGGUGCUGUUGUCGCUUCCGUCAAGCGAUCCGCCAAGUUUCCUCGCGCCCACCUCCACCGCCGCCACGGCUCGUCCCUCUUCAUCUAA